GUCCUUGAAGUGUUAUAAGAAUAGGAGUGAAACUAAAAAAAAUCCGCAAUGAUAAAAUCAGUUGGCCUUAUACAACCCUCGGUAAAUGACCGUGGUUAUGGUAAUAAUAACCGUAACGGUGGUGAUGAUUUGACGAAAAGCGUUGCUAAAAGGGAGAAAAAAAUAACUGAAAGUGGAAAAGUCCCGUAUCGCAUAUCGAACAGUCAAAGCAAACGGAAUUCGGAUCUACCGUCGAAAAAUUCGGAUCAAUAUAGAAGCCACCAUCCUAAACUAGCGAAAGGACACUCAUCGAAAAAUCAUUUAUCAAAAUCCUGCACCGCCCUCCACAACUACGAGGAUGGUAUCGAGAUAACAUCAUCCGAAGACAAUACAAUACGAAUACAAAUAAAAUAUGACGAGGCCGGGCCGGCCAGUGCCUAUUCAUACAGAAAAUUACCAUCGAAUAUUUGUUGCGACAAUACGGGCAUAACCAGAGUAUCAACAAAUUUUAGCGAAAAUUUCGUAUUCAACGAAAAACCGAUCGACGUUCCAGAAGAGUUUGAACGGAAUGCUCGAUUAAGGGUGAGAGAACAGAGUAAAGUCAGUGGUCGUCGGAAAGUUGCUGCAUCGGCUAGGCAAUUGAAUCCACUGGAAGAAUUUCUGCAGGAAGAUUGGAUUAAAAUAGACGAUGAUUUCGAUGAAGAGCUACUACAAAGUAGUUUAUUCGAUCGAAAGCACAUAAUUCGACAUCAGUUCAGAGAUCGACCGUCGCGAAGACACUCAUCCAGCGAAUUGAAUAUGGGAGUCAAUUGUUCGAAGAAAUUGCAACGAAUUGGCAAACAUGAAGUGGUCCCAUUACAGGAUGUCGCCAAACAAAUCAAUGUUGAACCGAAUCCCACCAAUCAACGUAAAUCAACGAAUCCCUUUGACGACGACUAUGACGACGAUGUUGAUACUCACACGGAUGUUCGACAAGGAAUAUCGAACAGAGUCAGUGAACCAAUACAGAACUGCUGGUCUUCGAAGAACACAUCACCGGAUGUAUUCUCACCGCAAUUCUGUACGCCCAGACCGUUGUCCAGUUCCAUUGAUUCCAAUUCGAUUAUGUUCAGAAGCACGGAAAUUUACAGUGCGCGUAAACGACAAAUCGUCCGGGAUCAUUUAAACCAAAGUGCAAUACCGAAAGCGACUCGGAUCAGUGAACUGAAUCAUAAACGUGUACAUACAACCGAAAAUGGUAACAAAAAUUUUCAACACUUUUACCAUCGAAUGGGUGGAAGUUUUCAGAAUUUGGUUCGUGUAACCAAAAAUGUGAAAGGCAAAAGUGCUAGUGAAAGUAAUCUAAGUAAAUUGUCCACGAACAAUGCCAAAAAUAGAUCAACGAAAAGACUGAACAGUGAGAAUGUCGAUUAUUGUCCGUCGGUGUUCUUCAAUCGAUUUGUUGCCAUUCGAGAGAGGAAAAAUGCGGAGGCUGAAAAAAAUCUUACGCUGAAGAAAAUUAAAACUUAUUUGAAUGGAAAUUUGUUCAACCGGAAGCGGAAUGAUCAGGGUUCCAGAAGAACAAUUCAAGAUCUCGACGGUCGAUUCUUCGAAAAGUUUGGUUCGUUACUUCGUCAGAAAUCCGAAUAUGCCGAAGAGAAAAUCGUUGCCACACCACUGGCACCGCUACCAACAGACGAAUGUGGUGCACCGGAUAGCGAUUGUCAACUCAAUACGAUCGAAGAGGGUGAAAAUGACAGCGGAACAGAAACAUUGCAGGACACUGACAGUGAACAUGAUGAACAGGAUCAGACAAAGAAAAACGAGGAAAUAUUCACGGAUUUGGUCGGAUUGAAUAUUGAAGAACUGUACGAGGAAAUUCUUUACGAGAUUAUACACAACGUUGGCUGCGAAGUCGAAAACGAAAGCUGUCCGAGUGCCUUAUUUCAAUAUUUACAAGAUGCCUUCAAGAUUGUUAACGAACGUCACGACGAAAUUAUGCGAUCGGCUGAAAGCAAAGAGGCUCCAGAAAUACGUCUGAAUGUCGAAGUAAUCGAAGCGAAAGAGCUUCAAUCCAAAGAUCCGAAUGGCAGCUCUGACCCAUUCGUAACAUUAUACAUUGCAUCUAGUCCAACCCAUCGAUACAACACAUCGGUUAAAUCGUCUACAUUGAAUCCAUUGUACGAAGAACACUUCUCGUUACCAAUCACUGAAACGCCGAAUGAUGAGAAUUUAGUGGUUGAAGUGUGGGAUUUCGAUCCAGCUGAAACGGUUAGUGAAAAAAUGACGAAAUUUUUCGACGUGAAGGGCGUGAAAGGUUUUAAAAAACUCAUGAAGGAAAUCGCUGUAACUGCUUCAACCGGAAAACAUGACAAUGAACUAAUCGGACGUUGCAAUAUACCUCUGAGGACCAUACCUGCAUCCGGUCUAGUGAUGUGGUUUAGCUUGGACAAAAAGAAUAAAGUAAAACGGCAAGGCCUCAUCAAGAUUCGUUUGGCAUUCAGUGCCGAGAAAAAUAAUCGGGUCGCUGUACAAGAACAUAAAAAUCUACUGCGAAUACUGCUAAUGCACGAGCUGGAUUCGUCGAAGGUGGCACCGUAUUGGUGGUCGGGGAAAUUUAGCAUUCAAGGCGAAGCUGUUAUUGCUCAGCAUUCAGCACAAAGUGGCCUAUCCGCAAUCGAUUGUGCCUUCGCACAAUGGUCCGUCUACACAGCCAUUCACAACGAUCAUCCACUUGCAUUUAAUUUGUUCGAAAGUCUUAUCGAUAAACUCAUCCGACCCAUUCAGUCCGCGUCCAUAUCAGAAGAUGAAAUCAAAAAUUUCUGGGAUGGUACGACGAAAUUGCUACCAUCGUGCUUUUCAGUGAUACGGAAAUUGCGAAAGAAAACUGCCACCGAUAAAAAUUGCGUAAAGACACUAACCGACGUGCUGUCGAUAUUAUCAAAGGUAGCUAUGCUGGAACCACCCGAAGGAACUGACCUUUUUCCGAAAAGCAUUUACGGGUGGGUGACGCGACCGAAUGAUGGUCCCAGUUGGGAUAUUCAUGGCACGUUACAAGAUGCGGUCACGUCAGGAGCAAAAGACUGGUUUGCACACAUUAGUGACAACAAUUGCACCGGAUCGAACGACAGCGACGAAGACAAACUUCAAAAUGUCAUAAAGAUUAUUCAAUUGGUUCGAUCGGAUCUACAACGAGCUAUUGAAUAUUACGACAAAUUGUUUCAACAAAAAAUGCAUUUUCCCUACGCUCGUACGUGCUACGUUUAUUACGAAGAAAAGCUCUCCGAAUACAUUGAGCCGAUCAUACACGAUGUAUGUAAAAAUUUGAAACGAUUGAGUCUACCAGACGACCGUUAUCAACCACUUCCGGAGCACGAGGAGGUGAAUAUGGGCACAACGCUGUUCGAAUUGUACUUGGUGUUGAAACGAUUUGCAGUUCUAGGAACGGCACUGUCACCAAUAUCGACCGACUUCAAAAUUAACCAAUACCAUCAAUGGUUCACUCCCGGGGUCACACAUUGGCUGGACAUAUCCGUAUACAAGGCGCUGAUUCGCAUCGAAAAGGCAAUCGAACUCGAUCAACUAAUACCGGUCGAUGAGACGGUUAAGUACAGCUCAUCUGCCGUUGAUACGUUGGCCAUUUUCUAUCAGAUCAAAAUAUUUUGGCAACAAUUGGAUUGGCCGGAUGCGGAGGGAUCGUACAUGUUUGUUGGGAAAAUCGUCGAUGAUAUUUGUCGCUGUUGUGUUUUCUACGCAGACAGAAUGUCGACCCGAGUAGAAGGUUUAGGCAAUGUACAGAAUGUAUACGAAAACAAUAAAUUUGAGGUCACACGCGAAUGGUGUCUGGCUAUCAAUAACAUCGACUACAUUCGCCAGAGUCUGUCGCCGUUUGUAAAGGAACUUCGUGUCGACGAAAUCAUUGCUAAAUUAUCCGACUACCGAAGUCCCAUGGAGGCGGAACGAUGCUCGGACACAUUGAAAAAUGUGAUUGCAAAUGCUCUGGACACCGAAACCAACAAAAUUGUCGAAUUAAUUGAAGUGGUUGCACAGAAAAUGUCACCGCCGAUGCGACGAUUCUUAACUGAAGGUGCCGAACUACUUCAUCAAGACUCGAAUUCAAUGGACCGAAUUAUGAUGUAUUUGGAGGACUCGUUGCAAACGCUAAACGCUGAAUUGAAUGAAGUCAAUUUCGAGCGGAUUCUGGAUGCCAUAUGGACUGAAUUGGCGUGCAUACUGAAGGAGCUAGUACAAAACAAUAUUGACAGACGUCGUCCUCCGUUAUUUUUCGCCAAUUUGCGGGACACACUUCAGUUGAUGGUCAAGAGUUUCAAGGGAACGCAGUGUAAUAAAGACAAAGCGUCGUCCGAUAAAGAAACGUUGGAAGAAAUAUUCAAUUUGCUGGAACUUCACGGCUAUGAAACGUCCGAUCUCAUUCAUCAGUAUUAUAUAGAAAGGGCCAAACAGCAGGAAAAUUCAUCGGACAGUCAAUAUGGACAGUUGACCGUUAGAUGUUGGUUUGAAGACAACAAUUUGCUGGUUGAUGUUAUGAACGCUCGCAAUUUAGUUCCGAUGGAUUCAAACGGAUCGUGUGACCCUUUCGUUCGAAUUCACCUAAUUCCCGAAGAGAAAUUUGGUAAUGUUACGGCGAAGAUUAAAACAAAAGCACAAGACAAGACCCUCUUUCCAUUGUUUGACGAAAAGUUUUCCAUACCACUCAGCCCCGACCAGAAAGCCAUGCACAAUGCGGUUGUAAUGUUUAGUGUUAAGGACAAGGAUUUAUUUGGAUAUGCCAAUCAAUACAUCGCCGAAUGUUACCUAAUUUUCCAGAAUAUCCCAGACGAUUCUUCCGAUCAAAUCCAUUUGACAUUGACCCGUCCAACGUGUUCGUCCUCGGAAUGUAUUCAUGCGUUGGAAUAUAGACAGGGCGAUAAGCAGGCCAAAGAUUUUAUUAAAAAGUUAAAACAGAAAAUGAACGCAACCAAAUGAGAAUCUACAAGCAAUCAGUCGGAAAACUCAACGCACAAAAAAGGUGUCUACAUCUCUUAAACCAGAGGAGACCACCAAAUCAAAUGUUGAAAAAUAUCGAAAAUCGAAAUAAGUGAACGUAAUAAAAGGUAAAAUAAAAAGAAAACAUUUUAAUGUG